CUCAUUAACAGGCAAGCAGCUGCAGGGCACGCCUCCUUAAACCUUUGCACUAGGUUUCUGGCUUUUACAAACAAACACACCGAGUGAAUGUGAAAAGUCAGUCUACCAAGGCAGUGGCGGAUAUCCAUACGUACUGAUGAUCAGUCUGACUGAAGAAGAGGACAAUCCACACGGAUGUGGGGAGCUACACUAAAGAGUCAACCUUGCCCUCCAGUGGAGUUCUGUGGCUACAACAUUCUUCCAGGUCAAGAAAGCACCCAUACAACUCAUCUCGGGAGAUGAUGCAGUCUCCCAAUCAAGCAAAAUUGACCUGUUGAAAAACUGUCAGGUGCACAAUUGGUAGUGUCAGAUGGAUUUAGUAUAUUAAGCGACUAACAAUUGAAGAUCCACGGGCUGAACCUUUAUCAUCCUUAAUUAAAAGCUGCAAGUCUUGGUCAAAAAGCUACAAAUUGAGUCACUCCGCAACAAAGCCAAGGAAAAGAAAAGACGGAUGGAAGAAUUUGCAAAUAUAAGCACGGUAGCCACGGCAACGACGCUUCCAACCGACACAAAGAAGAGCAACUCUCACAGAUGGGAGUUCCUGGUCGCCGUUUUGGCCACUGCCAUCUCCAUGUCUGUAAUAAUGGUUCUCUUGGCUAAGUGUCAAGUGGUUCGGCGCUACCUGGCCAGCUAUCGGCACACCAGGUUAAGAGAGACAGACAUUAGCCAAAGUGAGCAGUCAGGUCUGGAUGUGGGCUUUGACGUGCCCGGAGAAUCUGAAAUGAACCCUCGUCAUCCUGCCGCUGCUGAAGAUGAUGAUGGCUUCAUUGAGGACAACUACAUCCCGACAAGUGAAAGAGUGAGAGCUGAAAGAGCAGCAGAGAACAUGGAUGACACGGACGAAGGCAUGAAUGAAAUUCAAUUUGCCAUUACUUAGAGGGAGGCGGGCGCCUCUUACGUCGCCUUUGCUCCACAAGCACCUGAACCUUUAUUUCUAACUCUGUGUUCCACAUUUUAAUGACCAAUUGGGUAAUUAAUAAUUCAGAAAUGAUCAAGCACUUUUUUGUUAUUUGGCUUUCAAGAGAACCCCCAUGUUCACUACCUGUUUUUUUUUUUAACUCUGUGUUCCCCAUUUGAAUGACCAACUGAGUAGUUAAUAAUUGAAGAUUCAAAAAUGAUCAAGCACUUAUUUGCGCUUUCAUUUUAAGGACACGGUGGUAAUAAGAGUCAAUCAGGUGUGCAGAUCUAUGAAAUCAUUUGGGGGAUAUUAAAUACAUGAGGAGUAUGCCCUAUUUAUUUUAGUAUUUCAGAAAAGAAUUAUUUUUCAUCAUUUCAAAUCCGAGCCAUCCAUUUUGAAGGAAAUUCUAAUCAUGCAUUGAAAGCAAUCCGUUUUUUUGCAUGGUUUCACGCUUGCUUGAGUUAUCUUGGAGCACAAAUUAUGUAUCCCUGUAUGAUUGACAAAAAAUGCAGUAAAUAAUAAAAGUGUAUUUAAUGCAUGUGUUAAAAAGCAUGGCAAUAUGACGACUAAGACAAAGCAGCACAACAGUGCUCGGGCAAAUGAUCGUUCUUCUCAUAUUUGUUUCACGAUGGAAAAUGAUUGCAAGUAACAGCAUUUCAUUUAUUCUGUGAUGGUCAAAUUCUCAUAUAUAAUAUAUGAAUCUUUUAGAAUGCAAAAUAAAAUGCUGGAGGGUCUUAAC